GCAUGCUCGAGUCUUAUCACUUCUUGGCCGUCGUCCUUUGACUUUGUGCUCUCAAAAUACCGAGUACUGUACAUGUUGCGCAGAAACUAUGCGGCGGUGCAUGUAGUGCUGCUGCAUCUGUGCGACAAAUAACCCCGUAGCCGGUAAAGUAAGUAAGUUUUGCCCUUCCUUCAGUUCUUGAACAGAGUACUACUCGUACAUCUACGAGUCUCAAAAAUUCUUUCAGUUCUGUUCAAGUCCCUCCGCGGUAUCCAGACCACUGGGGCGACGGGCGGUAGCUCGAGUGUGAUAGGCCAAAUAAUUAAUUUGCAAACAGCAAUGGGAAUUAUGGAUAUGCCGGAAAGCCGUCCAAAUAAUUGUGAUUUGCAGGGUCGGAUAUGGGAUGAUUCCGGAAAUGUAGCAUAGCUAUUCGCGCGAUUCGACGCUGAAGUAAAAGUGAAAUGGAUGUGCGUAGCGCAGCGAAUCAUGCAAACACCAAAUGCAGCGGGCGGAGCUGGCAUGCAGAUUGCACCGUACGAAAUAAAAGCGUAGUGGCUGUUUUUCUAGCGCUAGCGAGAGGUUUCGUGAUCACGUACUUCGUAAAAAGUACGAGCAAGCCCUCAAACUGCACCGGACUUGUCUCCUCUGCACUCUGCGCUCCUUGAGCUAUUCUGUUGUCUGAUUUGGUGCACUCUUCGUACACGACUACAGUUCGUAAAAAGAGCACUCUUGUUUAUACGGAUUCUGGAGGACGAACUAACUUACUUGUUUAGACAGAAGAGGUCCCUCUCCUAUCUUCUCCCACUGUCAGAGUGGAGUUGUAGUUUCAUUUUAGGGUUACUAGUUUAGAAGAUAGGUAGAAUCUGAUUAUGAAGAGAUAGCUUGGCCAUCAUCAGGUCAAUUUGUUUUGUCGUCUGCAAAUUUAUUCUGAAGUGCCUGAGAAAUGUCUGUAGCGAAACGUCAACCUGGCAAAUUGUCUGCUCUUGUUGCUCAGUACGAGACGCUGGAGAAGGAUAAGCACUGUGGUGGAGCAAGGGUGAGAUCGGCCUCCUCUCCGGUAGACCCGAAAACUGCAGGAUCAACGGCCUCGAGUGCUGCAAGUAGAUACGGCCAGUUAGCUGAAAAGAAAUCAUCUCCUCUUGCCUCCGGUGCUGGUUCUGUGCGCAGGCUAGUAGUAGCAGAGAAUGGAUCAUCGAAGUCCGAAGGGGGACACAGAAGCGUCUCAAAAGUGACGUCUUUGUCAAUCAAAGAACGAAUGUCAAAGUUUGACUCUAAAAAGGACACUGCACUGUCUACAGAAUCUAGAAGUUCACUGGUUCGAAAGGUUUCAGCUCCAAAGUCGUCUCAGAUCCAGCAAGCAAUGCAUCGCUUUGAAGAGCGAAGGGACAGCACACCUCUGUCAAAUCCAGGGGAUAUUAUUGGAGAUAAACUGUGUGGAGAUGUAGACUCCGCACGAUCGUCGAUCUCUGGUCCGUCGAGUACCGCUGCAAGAGCUAAAGAUGAUGACACCAGUACGUCGACCGGGAACAGUACUGCAUGUGAAAGUUCUGAUGUUGCGGUAGCAUCUCAAGGUGACAGUACUCCAGAAGUCAAAACUAACCUAUCCCGCUCCAAGGAUGAUGAGAUUCCCAGGAAAGACGGAAGCCGAGGGUCAGCCCGUACACAAUCUUCCCCAACCACGAAGCGGGGGUCUUCUGGCAAUGCUAGCACAGUUUCAACCAGGAGAGACUCUACCGAGGCCUCAGCAUCAUCAAGGUUGCGGAGGGACUCUACCGAGGCCUCAGCAUCAUCAAGGUUGCGGAGAGACUCUACUGAGGCCUCAGCAUCAUCAAGGUUGCGGAGAGACUCUACUGAGGCCUCAGCAUCAUCAAGGUUGCGGAGAGACUCUACCGAGGCCUCAGCAUCAUCAAGGUUGCGGAGAAAGUCGUCAGAUGCUGGAUCAGAUGGCAAGAAGGCAACUUCAAGCAGCAGUGAUGUUUCUCGGAAAGACUCAGUUGGUGCUGCAUCACCUUCAUCGAGGAGGCCAAGGAAGACCUCGUCAGCUGGCUCGCCUGCUACGUCGUCACCUCCAGCAAGCAAAAGGUAUACUCCAGGUACCUCUAGCAGCUUGGCGAAGAAAGACUCCAUAACGUCAGCGCCAGCAUCAUCGCCAUCAUCUGUUCGCAAGAGAUCAAGUGAUGCGGCGGCAUCACCUUUGUCUGGUGCACGACGUAAGCCAUCAACGGAUUCAACUUCAUCUACCGAGUCUGCACUAAAACGCAAACAGUCCACAACACCAUCAGCAUCAUCGUCCACCUCUUCACGCCGUGGAUCUAAGACCCAAAGUGAUGUUGCAUCUUCAGCUUCAGGACCUGUGCGAAGAAGGAAAUCCUCAGUGAGUGAAAGUGCGUCUUCUACACGCUCAACUGCCAAUGCUGAUGUGCCGCGCAAGACACGGGAUGGCUCCCAGUCACCCUCUUCCAGCAGGUCUGGCCGUUCAUCCCCAGCUCAACGUCGCAGGUCAUCAGCAGCAAGUUCGGACAUGUCCUUUGAUGACCUGAAAGUCCAACCAAGGCUUGUGUCAGAGCAUCAGUCACAUCGUAUUAUGGUUGCUCCUGGUGGCCGACGCAAGGCCACCAAGAACCCUGUCAAGGCACUCCAGGAGCGAUCUGAUGUUCUGGACGAACUGGAGCCUGCUCCGGCAGAGUCAGUUGGUAAGCAAGUCUUCUCCAAGAGUGCUCAGCUUGCUGGUAUGAACAUUUCCAUGGCUGCUGGUGCUCUGGCUGGCUUGGCCGCCAAGGAGAAUGUCGGUGCUGUCAAGUUGACGUCCGUUACUGAUGUCAAUGCUAUAGUAUGGCCGAAGAAGCUCUUGAUCCACAUCAAAGGACGCCGCUCCCUUCAAACACGCAUUGUUGAACCAAACGUCUCAUCGAUGAACUCUGGCGAUAGCUUUAUUCUUGUUAAUGGUGACAACCGUUCCCUUUUCCAGUUCAUCGGAAAGGGAGCUAAUGUUGUGGAACGUGCUAAGAGUGCUGACUUAGUUCAGGAUAUCUUCCAUGGUAAAGACUGUGGCUGCAAAGCACCCAAAGUUACUAUUGUAGAGGAAGGCAAGAUCUCCAGUCAAACUUCAGAAGGCCAAUUCUGGAAAGCGCUGACUGGCAAGGAUGGCAAACCAGCAGACUUCCCGGCUGAGGUGGGUGAAGACCUUAUUGUGGAAAAGGAUCUGAUCAAAAAGAUAGUAGCUUAUGAGAUCGUUGAUGACAAAGUAGUACUCCGUGAUGAUCUUAGUGGAAAGUCACUGAAAUUUGCAAGCCUGGAUCCUGCCAAGGUGAUGAUCUUUGACUUUGAGAAUGAAGUUGCGUCGUGGACAGGACGCAGAGCUCCACAGUCGAUCAGGAAAAACACUGCCAGCCUCACCAAGGACGUGUUUGACCGUGGGUACAUUUCCAAAGAAGGUGCCAAGUCAGGAAAGAGUCGUCCGUCCUGGGCCUUGCUCAUGAGCUGUAAGGAUGGUUCUGAGACUAUCUUGUUCCGCUCAAAGUUCUCAGAUUGGCCAGAUCCGGGCAAGGUGAUCAAGACCAGAGCACCAGCUAGCAAAACUACUGCGGCAAAAAUGAACGGUACCAGUAAAUCAGCAGCAUCAUCAACCGCCGGCUGCGAUGGAGUGGCAAUGCGUCGUAACUCCGAGCCAUACCCUGGCUUAGUGGUGUUGCAGCGCAACCUUGGUCGUGGACACGGUGAAGCACCCAGUGAUGAUCCUUGCCUGCCUGGUGUUGUUGUCAAAACCGUCUCCGUCAAGAAGUGGCAGGUCAGAGACAACAAGUGCCAUGAGGUGAAGGAAGCAGCGUACUCUGAUUUCUUUGAGGAGGACGCCUAUAUUGUACGCUGGGUCUACUCACUCUAUGCUGAGAGGUCCAACAUCAAGACGGGAAUCCAGUCCAAGCAAGUUGGUUCCGAUCAGACGGUCUAUUUCUUCUGGCAGGGCGCUAACUGUUGUAUCAACGAGAAAGGCACAGCUGCCCUUAUUGUUGUGGAGCUGUCAGGCAGUGAAGGUGAUCCACAGAUCCGAGUUGCUCAAGGCUCUGAGCCACCAGCAUUCCUUCAAAUGUUCAACGGAGCCAUGACUAUCCACUGUGGAAGUUCCAAGGGAGACACCGACACCGCCUCAGAUGUCCGCUUGUACGCAGUGCAUGGACUUGUGGAGGCCGAAUGUCAUCUGGAUGAAUUGCCCGGUCCUAUCGACCAUACAUCAUUGCGCAGCCGCCACUCUGCAGUCCUUGUGGACUCUAAGAGAUCGCAGGUCUAUGUCUGGCAUGGCAAAUCCUCCAGCAAGACUGUCAAAGCACGUGCUUAUGAAGCUGCCACCAAACUUGCAUCUAGGCAAACGUCUGACAACACCUAUGCCAUCUGUACUGACGACAAGGACAUAAUAGAGCUUGAUCAAGGUGAUUCAUGUGCACGUCUGGAGCGCUUAGUGGAUGGCUUCAGUACAUCUGCAAAGUUUUGGGAUAAUGGUCUUGUCCUUGGUGGCUGUUCUGCACCCCGUGUAUUCACAUUCGGUAGUUCAAGUGGUUCUUUCAAGUACUCGGCACAGCUACGCCAGUGGCGUAAGGAUGACCUGCCGAUUGCUUAUCCAGCACCUCAGUCCGUCUUCUAUCAUGACAAUCAGCCAGCUGUUGGCUUCUUUGAAGCUGGCAAUGAGCUGUUCAUCUGGUGUGGUUGGAUGCGGGAGCAAGGUGAGGAUGACCGCACCAUUGGCAGUGUCAAGUCUAAGUGGAUGGACACGAAGAAGCGUGCAUUUCAAACAGCCAAGUCCUACCUUGCUGAUAUGAAGAAGGACGGUUUAUCGGGCUGCCAUGCUACUGUUAUCACUGCUGGUUAUGAGCCUGACUCAUUCCGCUCCUUGUUCUUACACUGGGAGACGGAUGAAGAAGCAGUACAGGCUGUUGAAAAGGUUCGACCUUGUUCGCAACUGGAGCCAAUUGAUCUGGAGGAAGAGUUGGAGACUAUGGCUGGUGUGACGCAUCCUCUGGCGCUGCUCCGCACCAAGCCACUUCCAGAUAACCUCGAUGUAGACCCCAAGACUUUGGAGAUCUAUCUCAGCGACGCAGAUUUUCAGGUUGCCUUCUCGCAGACUCGUGAAGAGUUUGAGAAGAUCCCAGCUUGGAAGAAAGUGCAACUUCGCAAGAGUGCUGGCUUAUUCUAAUGUCAUGGCACAGCUAAGCUUGUACUGUCAGUACUCUGUGCGUUCUGCCAUCGGUUCUAUGCCUCCUUGUGCUGUUUGCGCUCUCCCAGUUGGCUGUGUGUAUGUGUGUGUGUGUGUGUGUGUGUGUGUGUGUAUGUGUGUGUGUGUGUGUGUGUGUGUGUGUGUGUGUGUGUGUGUGUGCAUGCGUGCACGUAUGUGUGUGUAUCCACUUGUAUGUUGUUAUUUUCAUUUCUUCCCACCCUUCACAUCUGUCUGCUAUAUAGACGUUCAUAGACAUUCCUGUGUGUUUGUCUUGUUUAAGCAAGCUUCCCUUUCUCUACUUCAGCAUGCAACAUUACCUAUUCUCUGCAGCAUUUACUACACUCUCUACGCCUCCCCUGUUCUCUUCGUCUGUUUUUCUGUCACAUUUGGCACACUAUCAACUCCCAACCUCUCCUUGUUUACCUCUCUAUUCCAUUAUUCCAUGUUUCUUUUCUUUGUCAAUGUGCCCAUGUGUAGUGUCUAUUCAGUUGAUGUAGAAUAUAGCGCCCAGUACCACUAGACGUGAAGAUGCUGACUUUCACCAGCCGCUCUUCACAUACUCUGUCCCCCGCGCCCCAGUUGGCAUGGCGGCAUGUCGUUGGCGAAUCCUGCCAUCCCGACAUCUGCGUGCAGAUCUCUCCUCUUGCUGGAGAGUAGAAACAGCACUAUUAUUUUCAGCUCAUCCCAGAUUCUCUCCUAUGGUGAAUAUUAUUAUUAUUACUAUUAUUAUAUUUAUGUCCUAGCAAGCACUAUAUCGGCUGCCUCCACUUCUUUUCUAUUGCUUAUUAGCGCUGUUAGUGCGACGACUUGAUGUCAUGGUUUGAUAUGUGUUUCCUGCACUUGACAAGAGUUCUCUCUAUGCACCCUAUUCUCCACUGUAUACACACAGCAGUACAUGAUCUGCAGUCAUGUACUGCUGUGCUGCCAGUCGUUGUUUCAUUUAUGAAGUUCUGUGCAGGUCUCGUUGCUCUCUACUUGUCUAUACUUGGCAAGUAGUCUGUUGCAUGACUUGCCUGCAGCACUGGGCUGCUCUUGUAUGCCUUUGCAAACACCA